CUCUUCUUCUCUUCUGACUGUCAAACCAGCAGUAAUCACCACAAUGGCUGAAGAAGAAAGACCGCCUUCGCCACCUCCUCUGCUAGCAUACACUGUAUCUCAACAACAAGCAGGAAAAGGUAAAGGCAAAACAGUAAAGAAGACCAAAUCAGGCAAACAUGUACCUCCUCCGAACAGAAGGAAGCGGGCUACUGAACCUGUCUUAUUCGAUGAAGAUGCAAGAAGAGAAUUCUUGACAGGUUUCAGAAAGAGAAAGCAAGCAAGAAUAGAAACAAGCAAAAAGAAGGCAUUGGAACGUGAAAAAGAGGAAAGGAGACAAUCUCGAGCGGAAGCACGUAAAGCCAGACAAGAACAAGCAGCUGAAAACGUUCGAAUGGAAAAGAUUGCAUAUGGUAAUGACGAAGAUGAAGAUGAUGAAGAAGGAGAGGAAAUAGAAGAAGAAGAACAGAAAGAGCAGUCCCCUUCAGCUUAUGAAACAGAAGAACAUCACACCACAGUAACGGUACAAGAAUGGAAUCCAGAGGACGAAGAUGAUGGAGAGAAGUUGGCAAAAGAGAAAGCUAUGGCAAGGAUGAGAAAGUUGCAAGAUUCACUUCCACCCAGUUCCAGAAGAGCAGCAAAGAAGCUCAAGAAUGCAUCAAAUCAGCCACUCUCAAAAAGCGUAAAGAAUUUGGCAGAUGCUCGAAAGAUUAGCAAGCUAUUAGAUGCAGAAGAAACGAUUGAUGUUCCUGAAUACGUUGAUUACAAUGCUUCGGCCGAUAAAGAAAGCAAGGAAGAAGAUGAAUCUAAAGGAAAGAAGAAAAAGACUGGAAAGUUCUACUAUGAGAGUAAAUUGGAGAGAGCAAAGGCUAAAGCAAAGAUAAAGGAGAAAAAGAUGAAAUGGGCAGAGAGACGAAAGGAAGAGAGGCUAGAAGCCAAUAAGCACGACAGAAAUCGAAUGAGAAAAGGAAGCAAAUCGAAGAAGAAGUAGACUGAAUUUGCUCGCUAUGUCUAGUUGGAAAGAGGGCUAUCAUUUGUACAAUAUUCACAAUCAUCACUUUGUAGUAAUAGUAUGAACAAUCUAUUCGUUCA